AUGGCUUACAACAACAACAACAACAUAAAAAACAACUACAUCACUAAUUACAGCAACUCAAACAUUAUUAAAAACCCAAUUACUACUCUAUACCAUCAGCAGUAUUUUCACUACAACACUUUCAACAACAAAUCUCUCAUAAACAACAUCGACUCCAUCGAUUUUGUGAACGUUUCAUUUAGCAACAGCAGCAACAUCAGCGGAAACGGCGCCGCGAAAAUCAACAGCAACGAGGAUGACGUCAUUCCCUUCACGUCUUCCGGAGUCGUAAAAAUAAUUUUCAUCUUCGUCUACAGCGCCAUCUUUACAGUUGGAUCGACAGGAAACUUUUUAGUGAUAUUUGUCGUGCUGAGAAGACGAUCAAUGCACACCAUCACCAACAUCUUCAUCGCCAAUCUCGCCCUCUCCGACAUCCUCAUGUGCUUGCUGGCAGUCCCUUUCACUCCCAUCAGCAUCUUCACGGACGAUUGGAAGUUUGGUCGAGUGUUAUGCCAUCUCGUCCCCAUGACGUCAGGGGUCAGCGUGCACGUCUCAACUUUGACCUCUACAGCAAUCGCCAUAGAUCGUUUUUUCGUUAUCGUUCAUCCGUUCAAGCCAAAGUUGACCGUGAAGUUGUGUUUGAUGUUGACCGCUGCUAUAUGGAUGUCUUCCGUAUCAAUAUCCAUGCCCUUGGGAACAAACCAGAAAAUAUUCACAGACACCCUAGAUAAUACUUCUUAUUGUCAGGAGCACUGGUCGCAGAGUACCUCGAGACAGUUCUUCACGGUGACCAGUUUGGUACUGCAGUACAUAGUACCAUGCACUGUCAUCACAUACUGCUACGUCAAAGUGUCUCUCUGCCUGAAAGCCAGGUGCAGAUUGAAAAUUGGAGCCGGUCGAACUAAGAACCGCGAGGAGAUGGAACUGAAAAGAAACCGACGAACAAACAAAAUGCUGAUCGCCAUGGUCUCGAUAUUCGUCUGUUGCUGGCUACCUCUUAAUGUUCUCUUUGUACUUUUGGACCUUGAGAUAAUCAUUCUCUCAACCACCAAUUACAGUCUAGUCUUCUUAAUCGUUCACGUCAUCGCCAUGAGUUCUACGGUCUACAAUCCAUUCCUCUAUGGAUGGAUGAAUGAAAAUUUUCAAAAAGAGUUUGCCACCGUGCUUCCGAAAUGCUUC